UAUUUUGCUGGUAGUUGUUCUAUGCACCAGCUGGUGGCCAGUGGAGAGGGCACUUGUGUUCUUCUGGUUCCUGGGUCACUAUGGCCAAAGUGAUUGAAAAAAAGAACCACUGGACUAGUAGGGUCCAUCAGUGUGCCUUGAGCAGGACCUCCGAUGGGGAUCUCAACCUACCACUGCUAGGUGGAGCGGAGUAUGGAGAGUUUCUCUAUCUGGGGGAGGUGGAUGAAACGUUGUUCUCCUGCGAUGGGAAGCUGGCUGAGGGGGAACUACUGUUGGAGGUAGCCGGGUUUGCAGUGUCGGGGUUACCGAGGUAUGACGUGCUGGAUAUGGUCAGGAAUUGCAAGGAGCCCGUCCUGGUGAGAGCUGUCAGACAAGGAGGCAGACUAAACAAGGAUCUAAGACAAUUCCUGAACCAAAGGUUUCAAAAGGCAUCUCCAGACCACGAACUACAACAAGUAAUCCGAGAUAACCUUUAUCGCCAUGCAGUGCCUUGCACAACACGCUCCCCUCGAGAAGGUGAAAUCCCCGGAGUGGACUAUAAUUUUCUAACUGUACAGGAGUUUUUGGCUCUUGAACAAAGCGGAACACUACUUGAAAUUGGCACAUAUGACGGUAACUAUUAUGGGACACCCAAACCUCCAAGCCAACCCACCAGUGGGAAAUUAAGUUCCGGUGAUGCUUUGCAAAAUCGACUGGCCGGCUCCAAGCAGUCGACUCCGAAACGGACCAAAUCUUACAAUGAUAUGCAAAAUGCUGGCAUAGUGCAUACAGAAAACGAUGACUAUGAUGACGCACCUGAAAUGAACAGUAGUUUUACAGCAGACUCUAGUGAACAAGACGAGCACACAAUUAAUAAUUCACAAGAGACAACUCCUGUAGUGAUUCGGAUCCUCCCUACUUUUCCCAUCACGGAAGCAUCUCAGAAGUUGCCUCUUUACCUACCUCCGACUGACGAGGAAAGUCUUGGUCCCCUACCUGCUAACUGGGAAAUGGCCUACACGGAGAAUGGAGAAGUCUAUUUUAUAGAUCACAACACAAAAACAACAUCUUGGUUAGAUCCUCGGUGCCUGAACAAGCAGCAGAAGCCGCUCGAAGAAUGUGAAGAUGAUGAAGAAGGGAUACACACCGAGGAACUCGACAGUGAAAUAGAACUACCUGCUGGAUGGGAGAAAAUUGAAGAUCCUGUCUACGGAAUCUACUAUGUAGAUCACAUAAACCGAAAAACGCAGUAUGAAAAUCCAGUCCUAGAAGCCAAAAGAAAGAAACAACUUGGACAACAGCAAACAGAAGAAUGGACAGAAGACCAACCACCACUUGCUCCUCCGCCUAUGGCACCCCUUCCCAACAAUCUCACUCCAAAAAAGAAAGAAGCUGCAAGAGACAUACCGGCACAUGCAAAGCCAUUCUUUACAAGGAAUCCCUCCGAAUUGAAAGGAAAAUUCAUCCGCACAAAACUGAGAAAAAGCAGUAGAGGAUUUGGUUUCACUGUGGUUGGAGGUGACGAACCAGAUGAAUUCCUGCAAAUCAAGAGUUUAGUGGUUGAUGGUCCGGCAGCAUUAGAUGGCAAAAUGGAAACAGGAGAUGUCAUUGUUAGUGUUAAUGAGACUUGUGUCCUCGGAUAUACUCAUGCUCAAGUUGUGAAGAUCUUCCAAUCAAUUCCAAUUGGUGAAAGUGUUGACCUUGAACUUUGCAGAGGUUAUCCACUUCCCUUUGAUCCCGAUGACCCCAAUACAAGCCUUGUGACAUCUGUGGCCAUAUUGGAUAAAGACCCAAUAAUUGUCAAUGGGCAAGAAGGUUAUGACUCUCCCUCAAGCAGCAGCAGCAAAACCAGGAAAGCCAAUAACUUAAAGGAGCCAAGGCCUAGCAGCCCUGCUGACGUUUCUUCAAAUGGUUCCCAUGGUUACCCUAAUGAUACGGUCUCUUUGGCAUCCUCUAUAGCAACACAACCUGAACUUAUUACUGUGCACAUUGUGAAAGGACCUAUGGGAUUUGGGUUUACUAUAGCAGAUAGUCCUGGUGGGGGAGGACAGAGAGUGAAACAGAUUGUAGACAGCCCAAGAUGCCGUGGCCUCAAAGAAGGUGACCUUAUUGUGGAAGUGAACAAGAAAAAUGUGCAAAACCUUACUCAUAACCAAGUUGUGGAUUUACUGAUCGAAUGUCCGAAAGGAAGUGAAGUCACCUUAUUGGUACAAAGAGGAGGACUGCCGGUCCCAAGAAAGAGCCCAAAGUCGCAACAGAUUGAAAGAAAAGAUAGUCAAAACAGUUCCCACCAUAGUGUCUCAAGUCACCAUAGUGGACACACUGCAUCCCCUCUCCACAUUGCUCCUGUCCUCCCCGAUUAUCCAACCAACGAACCUCCACCUGUGGACCAAGUAGAAGGAUCAGGGCAGAAAAAGCCUGAUCCCUUCAAAAUCUGGGCCCAGUCCAGGAGCAUGUAUGAAAGCAGACUUCCAGAUCUCCAAGAACAUGAUAUAUUUUUAUGGAGGAAAGAAACUGGUUUUGGCUUUAGAAUUCUUGGUGGAAAUGAGCCAGGGGAACCAAUAUAUAUAGGUCAUAUUGUGCCUCUGGGCUCAGCCGACGCCGAUGGGCGUCUGAGGUCUGGCGAUGAACUAAUCUGUGUGGAUGGGACUGCAGUUGUUGGGAAAUCCCAUCAGCUUGUUGUACAGCUAAUGCAGCAGGCAGCAAAGCAGGGCCAUGUCAAUUUAACUAUUCGGCGCAAAGUGGUAUAUCCAGUUCCAAAAGCAGAAAAUGAGGUUCCUGCUUCACCUACAUCCUCCCAUCAUAGCAGUAAUCAGCCAGCCUCGCUUACGGAAGAGAAACGUACACCUCAAGGAAGCCAGAACUCUCUAAACACUGUUAGCUCUGGUAGUGGAAGUACCAGUGGGAUUGGCAGUGGUGGCGGUGGUGGAAGUGGCAUGGUCAGUACCGCGAUCCAACCGUAUGAUGUGGAAAUCAGACGUGGUGAAAAUGAAGGAUUUGGAUUUGUUAUUGUAUCAUCUGUUAGUAGGCCAGAAGCUGGAACAAAUUUUGCAGGCAAUGCAUGUGUAGCCAUGCCUCACAAAAUAGGUCGAAUAAUAGAGGGGAGUCCUGCUGAUCGGUGUGGCAAGCUGAAAGUCGGAGAUCGAAUCCUGGCCGUAAAUGGAUGUUCCAUCACCAACAAAUCGCAUUCGGACAUUGUCAACUUAAUCAAGGAAGCGGGAAACACGGUUACUCUACGUAUCAUUCCUGGAGAUGAAUCCUCUAAUGCCUCUUUAUUGACCAACGCAGAGAAAAUUGCCACAAUUACGACCACACAUACUCCUCAGACAAUGCCACAGGAAACAAAGAACAAUUCAAAACCAAAGCAAGAAAACCAGUUUGAAUUUAAAACCCCACCAGCCACACAGGAUCAAGAGUUUUACGCAGUGGAACUAGACCGAGGAGUGAAAGGAUUUGGGUUUAGUCUCCGAGGCGGUCGGGAAUACAACAUGAAUCUUUAUGUACUGCGUCUUGCAGAAGAAGGACCAGCUGAACGGUGUGGGAAAAUGAGGGUUGGUGAUGAAAUUCUAGAAAUCAAUGGAGAGACAACAAAGAACAUGAAGCACGCUCGGGCAAUUGAACUGAUUAAAAAUGGUGGCCGAAGAGUGCGUCUGAAUCUGAAACGUGGAGAUGGUUCGGUGCCAGAAUAUGACCCCAGCAGUGACCGGAGCAGCCUCUCAACCAGUUCACAAAACGUAUCGAAAAUGAACACGCUACCAUCUGAUAGAUAUCACACCUCAUCGGAGUUUAGCUACCCACCAGAUCUUCACAAAUCAUUACAGCAUGGUGAAAAACUGACUUAUAAUAAAGACCCUAAAAGCAACAGGGACCACAACAGACAAAAUAAUGACAACCACACUUGGAAUGGGUCCUCUAAAAAUUAUACUGUACAAAGUAGCAGAAAGGAUCAUUCCCCCGAUGAGAGAAGGCUACAACAAGAAGACAGAAUGGUAGUCAAUGGCCAAAAAAGACCAUCUCCUGAGAAGAGAAAUGAAGGAGCACGUAGUGCAGAAAAUACUUUGGAGAGAAGAGACAAAUACGAAAGAAGAAGAGAGAGUUCUCCUCAAAGGACCAGGGAGAGAUCUCCUACACGUAGAAGGGAUGGUUCACCCAGCAAAAGAAGGAAAUCAUUAGAUCGAUUCAUGGACCAAAGGAAAUUGCCUGACAAAAGACGAGAGAGCUCUCCUGAAAGAAGGCGAUCUAAGUCAACAGAUCGAAGAAGGGAAAGGUCACCUGAGAGAAAAAGGGAUCGUUCUCCUGAUAGAAGAAGAGAGAGAUCUCCUGAAAGAAGGAACAGAGAUCAAAAAGCCAAUAGAGAUAGGGGUGAGCAUAAUCUAAAACAUGAUACAUUGAAAAGUGCUCGACACCCCACUGAGCAGCGGAGGAGAGCUUACAGGGAAUGCAGUACUGACCUUAGUAUCUGACAUAGCUAUCCAAUGCAUUGCCAUGCUCUAGCCUUUUAUAGUGUUUAAAGGUUCUAAAGAAGGCCUGAGGACAUGAAUAGUUUAUAGUGUAUUACCAUGGUGUAAACACUCGACAUUUAAUGAUCCUAUAGUACCAUGAAACAUUUUAUGCAGACAAAUCCUUUUUACAGAGUGUUGUGCCUGAUGUAUAUUAAAGAGUAUUUUUCAAUGUAAUUUUUUUUUUUUUUUUUUUUUAAGUUAUUUGCCAAAUGUUGACUCUAAAAUGAUUCAACGUGUUCCUUAAACUAUUUUCUUGACAAUGUUCUUUUAAGAACACGCUUUUUAAGACGUUUCCUGUGCAGACUGUGUUUAAAGCACUGGAAUGAGAAGGGGCGAAUUUUUUUUUUUAUUAUUUAAAUUCUUUUUUUUUUUUUUGCUAUACUUGAUUAACACAUUUUUCCUGAUUUAAAUAUAAAUCUGCAAAUGGCAAUUGUCGUAAUUAAGAAUGUAUAUGCUGGUGGUGGGAUCUAAUGAAAACAAAAUAAUUUAUACGAAGGAAAAGGAGCAUAGUCAACUUGGCUGGAUUAGUGGAAGGGAAAUUUGUUUGUAACUGUAUGAUUAAAUACUACUAUAAUGAAGGAGUAGAAGCACA